GUUUGACUACAUUGCGCAAUCGACACCUCUCCGGCACGAUUGUUCAGAGUUCGAUUUCCAUUUUCAGGUGGAAAGUUCGAUAAUUUUAGAUUCGGAUGGUAGAUUCCGUUCCGACAGAUCUUCCGAUUCGGACACCCUGAUCUCAGAGUCCCUAAAGUUUAGGAGAAGAGAAAAGAAGUACCCUUUAAGCUAACCCGAUGAACGGACCACGAGGCUCGAGUAGUUUACGUUCAGCAUUCUCUUACUGUGUACAACAAGUGCGUAACUAUGACUACCAUCACUACCUCUGUCUCCUUGAACUCCCACCUCAGAUGCGUAAAGCCGCCUUUGCACUCCGCGCUUUCAACGUAGAAACCGCAAGAGCCAUGGAUGUUGCAUCAGAUCCCAAAAUCGGCUUGAUGCGUUUACUCUGGUGGCAAGAAGCAAUCGACAAACUCUACACGAAAAAAACCGUAAACCAUCCAGCUGCACAAGCUCUCUCUUGGGCCAUAUCAGAGCAUAGCAUCAGUAAACCGUGGCUUAAACGCUCGGUUGAAGCAAGAAUCCGAGAUGCUCAAAGAGAAGCUGAUGAUAUACCAGAGAGUGUCGAGGAGCUUGAGAAGUACGCAGAAGAUACGGUUUCAACCCUUCUGUACAAUACUCUCCAAGCAGGUGGGAUUAGUUCAACAGCAGCGGAUCACGCAGCUUCACACAUCGGUAAAGCCAGUGGUCUUGUCUUGCUGCUGAAGUCGUUGCCUUACCACUGUACUAGAAACCGUCACCACAAUUACAUCCCUGUGGAACUCGCUGAGAAGCACGGGCUGCUUGUGAAACAAGGUGGAAUGUCUGAGAUCCUUUUGGAUAAUGAUUCAAGAGAAGGGCUAUGCAAUGUAGUGUUUGAGAUUGCAUCUGUUGCCAAUGUACAUCUCUUGAAAGCUCGUGAGCUGGCGGGAAAAGUUCCUGCAGAAGCUAAACCGGUUCUGCUUCAUUCUGUCCCGGUACAGGUUCUUCUGGAUUCGUUGAGUAAAGUACAUUUCGAUGUGUUUGAUCCGAGGAUGCAGAGAGGAGUUCUUGGUGUUCCUCCUCUUUGGUUUCAGGUUAGACUCAAGUGGUAUUCAUGGAGAUCUACGUUCUGAGAAACUUCAUGUCUAUGUUUAUUUUUCUGGUUUUAAAGACAUUAUUACAAAACUGUUCCAGUUUGUUUGUCUUUUUGCCUUGUAAUAAUACAAACAGUGAUGGAUUGGAUACAAAAUAAGAGAAUU